AUCCUGUGAUUCCUUCAGGAUCUGAACAGAAGCUAAAGAGCCCUGAUGCAGGAACUUAACUUGAAGGAAGUCGACUUCAAGCAGACUGACUUGAAUCAGAACCUCACUGGGGAAGCCUAAGUGUUCAAUAAACUGCAUUAUUUCUUCAUCUGGAAAAUACUGAAGAGCAGUGGCUUUUGUCAUCCUGGACUUAACUUUCUGAAAGCCUGGCCAUCCCAUGCGGACUUCUGGUAGAAUGAGCAAUGCAAAGAGCUGGCUUGGACUUGGCAUGUCCUUGUACUUCUGGGGAUUGAUGGACCUUACCACCCCUGUUCUCUCGGGCAAACCAACACCACCAGGCAAACUAGAAGUGUUCCUGUCAGACAAACCACAGUCACACCCGCGGACAAAGAGGAGCUGGGUUUGGAACCAGUUUUUUGUUCUGGAAGAAUACACUGGAACUGACCCUUUGUAUGUCGGCAAGCUUCAUUCAGACAUGGAUCGGGGAGAUGGCUCCAUCAAAUACAUCCUCUCGGGAGAAGGCGCAGGCGUCGUGUUUACCAUCGACGACACCACUGGAGACAUCCACGCCAUUCAGAGGCUUGAUCGGGAGGAAAGGGCCCAGUACACUCUCAGGGCUCAGGCCCUGGACAGGCGCACGGGCAGGCCAAUGGAGCCGGAGUCCGAGUUCAUCAUCAAAAUCCAAGAUAUCAAUGACAACGAGCCCAAGUUCCUGGACGGGCCUUAUGUCGCUACCGUGCCGGAGAUGUCACCAGUGGGGACUUCCGUCAUCCGGGUGACAGCCACCGACGCUGACGACCCGACCUAUGGCAACAGCGCCCGGGUGGUAUACAGCAUCCUGCAGGGCCAGCCGUACUUCUCCGUGGACUCCAAAACAGGGGUAAUUAGGACCGCACUCAUGAACAUGGACCGAGAAGCCAAAGAGAACUACGAGGUGAUCGUCCAAGCCAAGGACAUGGGGGGGCAGCUCGGAGGACUAGCGGGGACCACGACUGUCAACAUCACCCUCUCAGAUGUCAACGAUAACCCACCCCGCUUCCCCCAGAAACACUACCAGAUGAGUGUGUUGGAAUCAGCUCCGGUUAGCUCGACUGUGGGGAGGGUGUUUGCCAAGGACUUGGACGAAGGAAUCAACGCGGAGAUGAAGUACACGAUCGUGGAUGGGGACGGGGCAGACGCAUUCGACAUCAACACGGAUCCCAACUUCCAAGUGGGCAUCAUAACCGUGAAGAAGCCCCUGAGUUUUGAGAGAAAGAAAAGCUAUACCUUAAAAGUGGAGGGAGCCAACCCUCACCUCGAGAUGCGAUUUCUGAACCUGGGCCCAUUUCAAGACACAACCACGGUGCACAUCAGUGUGGAAGACGUGGAUGAGCCCCCUGUGUUCGACCCUGGCUUUUAUUUUGUGGAGGUACCUGAAGAUGUGGCGAUUGGGACAACCAUACAGAUCGUUUCUGCCAAGGACCCAGAUGUGACCAACAACUCAAUCAGAUAUUCUAUUGACAGAAGCAGUGAUCCUGGAAGAUUCUUCUAUGUGGACAUUACAACAGGUGCCCUAAUGACUGCAAGACCUCUUGACCGGGAGGAGUUUUCUUGGCAUAAUAUCACUGUCCUUGCAAUGGAAAUGAACAAUCCAUCCCAGGUUGGAAGUGUUCCUGUCACAAUCAAAGUCUUAGAUGUGAAUGACAAUGCCCCAGAGUUCCCCCGAUUCUAUGAAGCUUUUGUCUGUGAGAAUGCCAAGGCAGGACAGCUGAUCCAGACCGUGAGCGCCGUGGACCAGGACGACCCGCGCAGUGGCCAGCACUUCUACUACAGCCUGGCUCCUGAGGCUGCGAACAACCCCAACUUCACCGUAAGGGACAACCAAGAUAACACCGCCCGGAUCCUAACCAGGAGGUCUGGCUUCCGGCAGCAGGACCAGAGUGUCUUCUACCUGCCCAUCCUGAUCUCGGACGGUGGGCAGCCGGUGCUGAGCAGCACGGGCACGCUGACCAUCCAGGUGUGCGGCUGUGACGACGAGGGCCACGUGCUGUCCUGCAGCCCCGAGGCCUACAUGCUCCCUGUGAGCCUCAGCCGCGGCGCGCUCAUUGCCAUCCUGGCCUGCGUCUUCGUCCUCCUGGUGCUGGUGCUGCUCAUCCUCUCCCUGCGGAGGCACCGAAAGCAGCCCUACAUCCUCGACGACGAGGAGAACAUCCACGAGAACAUCGUGCGCUACGACGACGAGGGCGGCGGCGAGGAGGACACCGAGGCCUUCGACAUCGCAGCCAUGUGGAAUCCCCGCGAGGCGCAGGCGGCCGGCGCGCCCAAGACGCGGCAGGACAUGCUGCCCGAGAUCGAGAGCCUCUCGCGCUACGUGCCCCAGACGUGCGCCGUCAGCAGCACCGUGCACAGCUACGUGCUGGCCAAGCUCUACGAGGCCGACAUGGACCUGUGGGCCCCGCCCUUCGACUCCCUGCAGACCUACAUGUUCGAGGGCGACGGCUCGGUCGCCGGCUCGCUCAGCUCCCUGCAGUCGGCCACAUCGGACUCAGAGCAGAGCUUCGACUUCCUCACGGACUGGGGGCCCCGCUUCCGGAAGCUGGCGGAGCUCUACGGGGCGUCGGAGGGGCCCGCGCCCCUAUGGUGACGGAAGCCGGGAGGCGGGCGCGCGGCCAAAAUUGGCCGGUCUGGGCGGCGGCUUCGCAGAAGAGCGCCCCGUCCACGGGAGCGGUGGCGUGCGGGCCAGCGCGGCCGGGGGCGCGCGGAGCUCUCUCUGGAUCAGCUUUACUCGGUGAGGUUAAGCUACAUCCUCAAAAGGAAACACAGGAAGAGGGGGGCAGAACCGCCAACGACCUUUAUUUUAUUUUAUUUAAAAAUUUUUCUGAUCCUGUAUCCCAAGGUGUGGAGUCUGAGGUUACGUAUGGCGGGUUUGGCUUGUCUCUGCCAUUCACGAAGGCGUUUGUCUUCAUUGCCACUUCAGAGAUGCUGAGCUUUUCAGUGCAGAGGUGACCGUUGAAAACUGUUCUAAUCUUCUAUCUGUUUGGGGGCUUUUUUAAAAAGUUAUGUUCUGUUCUCUCCAUUUAAGGAUUUGGCGGGUGCAUCACCCUGCACAAACCAACCCACACAAAAGAACACUGAAAGUGAUUCCUCGGUGAGAUUAACCUCACUUGUUCUGGGCUGGAUGGAAUCUCUUUCCAUCCUUUUAAGACCAGGCUAAGGCCUAAUUGGCAUUGCAUGGGGGGGGAUGGGGGGUGGGAGAAGGAAGAGGCAUUGACUUUAAGCUCAAGUUGAAUGGCUGAACCUAGAGUUGUCGGCGUCACAGCCAAACCACCUCCAUCGAGUUAGAGCAUUCUUGUUCCCUCAGCUCUUUAACUGUGCCCCUGCAAAACUGUUGGGAAGGAGACCAGAAAAUCUGCCUCUUUUGCACUGUAGAUGUCUCUUCCAUGUGCCAAAUGUGACGAUUAGAUGCUACGAAAUGAAAGCCAAAUAAAAAGAAGUAUCUGAUAAAAGCAUGGGUUAGUGGGCUUUCCUAAUCUGUGUGAGGUCAAUCCAAGGGAUGUUUACAUACUGUAGAUAACCUACUUGAACACAAAUCAGUAUUAUAGAGAGUAAAUGGAUGUAAGAAAAUUACAUGUAUAAGUUUUGUAUAUUUGUUAAUAAUUUUGGUAAUAAAUAUGAUGUACUGUAUCUCAGUACCUUUAGCACUUCUUUUAAUAGAAGUUAAAUAGACGGGAAA